AUGGAGGAUGCCGAAAAGCUACCCAGUGAUUCAGGAAACAAUGUUCCUGAGUCACAAAGUGAAGUCGUGAACGCUAAUGUUGAAAGCAAAGAAGAAAAUUUUACUGUAUCGAGCAAUGUACUCGAAAUGGAGAACGACAGAGAAGAUGUAAAUACAUGUUUAAAUGAAGAAAAGGACAGAAACUGUAAUAACGAGGUGGAAGAAGAAAGCAAUCACAAUACUGUGACCAAUGAGGAAGGGUCCGUUCAUGAAGAAAUCAGUACCAAAAGUGGGAAUGUUGAUAAAAUAAACGCUGACGCAAAAGAUGAGCCGAAUGGUUGUGGUUCAGUGGAGAAACAAAUAGAUUUUGAGACUGGAGUGGUUGAAAAAAAGUUCGCUAAUUGUGGGUUGCAAGAGAAGCCAAUGGAGAAGGAGAUGGACAAUCGAAAUCAUGUGAAGGAUGUGGUAGAAAAACCUAAUGAAGAUGUUAAAGAGAAAAAUCCUGAAAAAAUCUGCGAGCUGAACUCGGAUGGUGCUAAAUGUGUUUCAGUAGGAGAAAAGUCAAUGGAGUCUGCUCAUGUGGACCGUGCGAAAAUUUCUUCAAAUGAAUCCCCUCAAAGGCAGGAAAUGGAGCUUGACAAUGUUCAGCACGUUGAGGAUGUAGAAAUGAAUGAUGCGGCUAAUUUGGAUAAAGAUGAACCAGUUCAAGAUAGUCUGAUGGGGCAAGGUGUGGAAACAGGUCUUCCUACUGAAACUGAUGGGGAUGACCGGACUGAUGUAGUUGCUGCCAGAUAUGAAGGGGAUGAUGCUUUGCGUCUGAACGAGCACGAAACUGCUAAAAUAGAUUCUCUUGGCGUAAAUUCUCCUGCAAAGGUUGAAGACAGGAGUGGAGAAACCUUCAAGUCCUUUUCUACUCAAGCAACACUGCCUUGGAUGGGAGAAGGCGAUGAUGGAACACUAGAGGAUCAAAUUGCAUUCAUGAAGGAACUUGAGAGUUUUCACAAGGAGAAGGCAAUAGACUUCAAACCUCCCAAAUUUUACGGGCAGCCGCUAAAUUGCCUAAAGUUAUGGAGGGCCGUGAUUAAGUUGGGAGGCUACGACACGGUAACUGGAGCCAAAUUGUGGAGACAGGUUGGAGAAUCAUUUCAUCCACCAAAAACUUGUACUACAGUUUCUUGGACUUUCCGCAUUUUCUAUGAGAAGUCUCUUCUGGAAUAUGAAAAGCAUAAGAUACGAAUUGGUGAGCUUCGACUUCCCAUACCAACAGCCCCUGAAGCUUCUGGUGUUGAUGCUGAGGGAAGUGGUUAUCAGGGUUCAGGAUCUGGAAAGGCUAGAAAAGAUGCUGCUGCUCGUGCUCAACGUGUUUCUGGUAGUGAGGUAGGUGAACCUAUUAUAAAGGACAAGAAUCUGAGCAAUACGGCCAAACGUGAGAAGAUUAUAAAAAGUAUCGGCUCUCUCAAACAGAAACGACCAAAUGAAGCAGAGCAUAAACAGAAACGACCAAAUGAAGCAGAGCAUCCAAAUAAAGUUGCCAGAAGUGGUACACCUAAGCAACUAGUGCAGUCAGUUGUUGAUGCUGGGCCUCCAGCAGACUGGGUGAAGAUUAAUGUUCGCCAAACUAAAGAUUGUUUUGAGGUCUAUGCUCUAGUUCCUGGGCUUUUACGUGAAGAGGUACGCGUUCAAUCUGAUCCUGAUGGACGUGUAGUUAUAACAGGUCAGCCUGAGCAAAUCGAUAAUCCUUGGGGGAUUAUGCCGUUUAAAAAGGUGAUAACCUUACCGGGAAAAAUCGACACACUUCAGACUUCAGCCGUGGUUAGCCUGCAUGGACGUCUCUUUGUCCGGGCUCCUUUCGAGCAGUCUAAAUAA